CUAUCAACAGCAACAGGCAAGUGCUAGAGACGGCCGUGCUUUUUUUGUUUGCUAGUAUAGAUCCAGACGCCGGACGCUGCAUUCGAAGAUAUACGAGCAGAAUUGCCAUCAACACAGGUUAACCAUCAGCAUGCUACAUUUACGAUCAUCGGCCGCCCGUCUCCAUACAAAGGCAAUGCCAGUUACGACAGCUGCCAUCAGAACAUUUAACAGCAAUCAGCAUGAUCAACGGCCUGCCAACCUGAUCGUAACUCGACUGGCAUCGAAAAUCACGCCGCUUAUUUCGUCGUCAACAGCGUCGUCGGCUGCGAUCAGAAACUGUUCAAACUCGGUUGCGAAGAUGGCAGAUCAGAAAAUGUUGCAGGCCACGCUGAAGCAGAGCGACCCGGAGCUGGCCGAUAUCAUAAUCAAGGAGAAGGAGCGUCAGCGCGAGGGCCUCGAGAUGAUCGCCAGCGAGAACUUCACCUCGCUGGCCGUCCUGGAGAGUCUGGGCUCCUGUCUGACCAACAAAUACUCCGAGGGCUAUCCAGGCAAGCGCUAUUAUGGUGGCAAUCAAUUUAUUGAUCAGAUUGAAUGCCUGGCGCAGACACGCGGCCUACAUCUGUUCAAUCUGGAUGCCAGCGAGUGGGGCGUCAAUGUUCAGCCCUAUUCCGGCUCGCCGGCCAAUCUGGCCGCGUACACGGGCGUGCUGCGUCCACACGAUCGUAUUAUGGGCCUGGAUCUGCCCGAUGGUGGACAUUUGACGCACGGCUUCUUUACGCCCAACAAGAAAAUCUCGGCCACAUCCAUCUUCUUUGAGAGCAUGCCCUAUAAGGUGAAUCCCGAAACGGGCAUCAUCGACUAUGAAAAACUGGCAGAGGCGGCCAAGACUUUCCGUCCGCAGAUUAUCAUUGCGGGCAUCUCGUGCUAUUCGCGCCUGCUGGACUAUGCACGCUUCCGCAAGAUCUGCGACGAGGUCGGCGCAUAUUUGAUGGCCGACAUGGCGCACGUGGCUGGACUCGUUGCCGCCGAGCAGAUACCCUCGCCGUUUGAGUAUGCCGACAUUGUGACCACCACCACGCACAAGACGCUGCGCGGUCCCCGAGCCGGCGUCAUCUUCUUCCGCAAGGGUGUGCGCAGCACAAAGCCCAACGGCGAGAAGAUUCUAUACGAUCUGGAGGAGCGCAUCAAUCAGGCGGUAUUCCCAGCGCUGCAGGGUGGGCCGCAUAAUAAUGCCAUUGCCGGCAUUGCCACGGCCUUUAAGCAGGCCAAAUCGCCGGAAUUCAAGGGCUACCAGGCGCAGGUCAUCAAGAAUGCCAAGGCGCUGUGCAAGGGCCUCAUCGAUCUGGGCUACACGGUGGCCACCGGCGGCACCGAUGUCCAUCUCGUGCUGGUCGAUGUGCGCAAUACCGGCCUAUCCGGCGCCAAGGCUGAGCUAGUGCUCGAGGAGGUGGGCAUAGCCUGUAACAAGAACACGGUGCCCGGCGAUAAGUCCGCCCUGAAUCCAUCCGGCAUACGCCUGGGCACGCCGGCCCUAACCACGCGCGGCCUACUCGAAAAGGACAUGGAGCAGGUGGUCGCCUUCAUCGAUCGAGCGCUCAAAAUUGGCGCCGAGGCUGCCAAAGCGGCCGGCAGCCCCAAAUUGGUUGACUUCACCAAGACCCUAAGCGAGAAUGCGGCCAUCAAACAGAAGCUCGCCGAACUCCACAAAUCCGUCAAGCAGUUCAGCGUCACCUUUCCGCUGCCCGGUCAAGAUUGUCUGUAGAGGUCUUGCUUGCAUUUAAAAUAUAUAAAAAAAAAAAACAUUUUGUAACAUUAUAUUUGUCUACUCGAAAAAUUGUUUCCAAAAUU